AUUUCCCCUUAUGAUACAUGUUUGUCAGCCCAUACCUCACAGUUCACCAAACCUGGAUGGAAGUACCUGUCCCAUGAUUACGGAGUCAGUAAGUUACACCAGGGGGGAAGCAUGGUGUCUUUAACCAGCCCCAACAACAAGGAUCUCACUAUUAUUAUAGAAACAAUGAGUCAUGACCAUUCUAUUUGUAUUCGCACUACACUACCGCCAUAUUCUGUCAAACCACAAGAUGUCACUAUACAACUUAAAGGCAGCUAUGCAAGUAUUUCAAGCGUAUAUGUGUGGAAGAGUAGCCUCCAUUUUGGACAGAAUACUUCCCAGUCUGACUUCUUCAGAUCUUUUGGACAAGUCAAGGUAAACAAUGGACAGAUCAAUAUUCCUGUUAGUGAUGAUGAAGUGAUCACCAUUACAACAUUGUCAACAGGACAAAAAGGACAAUACCCAAGCUCUCCAGAUGUAAAGCCAUUCCCACUGCCAUAUAGUGAAAACGUUGAUGGAUAUCCUUAUUUGUCUGAACCAAAUAACUUUGCACAACAGACACGUGCAUAUGCAAUUAUGAAAUCGUCAGACCCCUUCAGAAAACAGAUUUUAACGCAGAAUGUUUUGAAUAUUCCUGUUUCUUGGUGUCAAGCAGAGAAAGCAAAUAAGUCUGUGAAUAUUAUAGGCGAUCAUAACUGGACUGAUAUUUCUGUGACUGUCGAGACACAAAUCCCCAAGGUCAGUGGAAGUUCAGGGACAUUUGUUGCUGUCAGGGUGGAUCAAGGGGGAUGCAAUGCUUGGGAAGCCAAGGGGAUUUUUCUCUUUAUACUUACUGAUCAGCAGAAAUUUGUUCUUGCUAAUGACUUGUCUCGUACAAAAGUUAUUAAAGAAGGAUCAGUUAAUGUAUCAACAAAUGGAUGGAAUAAUAUAAGCAUCACUGUCAAAAAUUCUACCGCUGUUGGCAGUGUGAAUGGAGUUCCUUUGUUUACAACAACCAUUCCAUCCAAACCAUCCAAUGGAUUUGUUGCCAUAGGUACAGAUUCUUUUGGCAUAGCAAGUUUUGAUAAUUUUAAGAUGAUGAGCUCCAAGGAUAUUGAUAUUUCAAAACUUAAAACAUCCCAAGAACUUAAAUUUGUAGAAGAUACACAAUUAUAUUUUAAGCCAAAAAGAAAUAUGCCAUAAUUGAUUUUACUGAUGUUCAUUUACUAGCCGAUUGUUAAAUGUGUAAGACUGUGAUAUGUUAAUCAAAAUGGUCCAUUGUUUUACAACUGUAAACUGUCCUGCUAGGUAAAAUAUUCGUGCAAUAAAUAUUUGCGAAAUUCUCGAGUACCUAUGCUGAAGAAUUGUUCUCUUAAAUGAUUACACGCAAUAUAUUGUACUUUCAUUUGUAAUAUAUUGAACUACAUGGAACUAACUGCAUACGAAUGAAAUGUGUUUGAUUUUACACAACUUUCUACAAAUGUUUUCGUUUCGCAUCACUGUAUGAAUGUUUAUGAAUAUAUGUAUUUAGAUAUAUGUGUUUCAGCUGAUAAACAAUUUAUUAUGUAAAAUCUACGGAGUUUUCCCCUAUAAAAUUUUGUUUUAGAAAAGAGACGACAUUUUAGGAAGGUAAUAAAUGAAUUAAUGUAAAUGGUUUUAAGAAGUUAUCUUUAUUUAAUGAAAAUAAUUCCUAGAAUAUUACAUUAUUAUUUCUCAAUUUGAUUUCAUUUAUCUUAACUAUAAAAUUGAAUCCGUUAAUAAUCAUGAUGUAUUUUGUACGAAAGGAGACUUAUAUCAGCCUCUUUAUUAAACCGCGGCCUGAAUUGGUUCAUUCGGAAAAAUAUGCUUGACUCACAAUGUCAGUCAAUAAUUUUUUUGUUUUGUCAUCGAUUCUUAUUUAAUGACAUUAUAUGUAAGCAACGCACUGUGCGAUUGCAUGGGAUAUUUUACACUUGAA